CGCGAGUCUCAGCGCCCGCGACGACACAGACGAACCACCCGACAGCAGCAAUCCCAUUAACCGCGAUCGCCCAUGGAGGUCCGCGUCAUCUGCUGCUGCUGCUGCCUCGCGAUGCUCCUGGCCUCGACUCUGUGCGCGCCGGAGCCAAAGGCCGGGUUCGUGUGGCCCAGGCCCCCAGCGGCGCUGCAGGAAUCGGAGAAACCGCGGCCUUGGAACCCCGCGGGGACCCCACCGCCACCGCCGUCGGCACCGCCACCGCCGCUGCGCUCCCGCCAGCCAGCGGCGCGCCGCAAGCGCUGCUCGUGCGCGUCGCUGCUGGACCGCGAGUGCGUCUUCUUCUGCCACCUCGACAUCAUCUGGAUCGACACGCCCAGGAGCCUCGUGCCAACGGGGCUGUCCGAGAAGACGCGGGCGCGUAGGGGAGCCGCCGCCGAGGGGCUGCGUGCGGGCGGCCGGGGCAGCCGCUGCCGGUGCUGCUCCGGCAGCGAGGACUGCGGCCUGCGCUCUGCUCUGCGCGUCCCCGGCUCAGAGCCGCGACCUCUCAAGGGUCGACGCGGCGGCGGCAGCGGCAGCGGCGGCGGCAUUGUCGCGGGGCAGAAUUUGUUUUCACGUUCCGAGGGGUUUUUCUGCAAAGAGAGAGAAACCAACGAACGUGGACAGGUUUUAAACCCCAGUGACGUGAUCAUCGCAUUGCUAGUCCACCAGGGCUUCCGUUCCAAGCUGUUCCACGCCGGUGACCUCCUCCAUACAGGCCGCGGGCACAACAAGCUGCCGCUGCUGCCGCUGCUUCUUCUGCUGCCUCUCGUGUACAAGCCGUGA